AUGUCCACAAAGGCAAACCAUGCAAUCGUGUUUGGGGCUGCUGGCCUGCUCGGCUGGUCUGUCCUUAACCAAUUGACCUCCAAUUACCCCCAAGCUGGGACAUUUUCCAGAGUAACGGCUGUCGUCAACCGACCAAUAUCUGAAGACGAUCUGAACUUAGCUUCCAAAGUUACUCAAGAUUCUGCAAAGCCAGAAUUGCAGAUUGUUUCAGGAAUAGAUCUACGAAACGGCACGGGGGAGGCUUUGGCACAUCAGCUUCAGACCAAUGUCUCCGACGCUGAGACCAUUACACAUGUGUUCUACUUUGUGUUUUCUGCACUCAACAGCGACGCCGUCGAAGAGUGCAAGAUCAACUGCGAUAUGAUGCGGAGGGUUGUAGCCGCAGUGAAUAUAAUAGCACCAGGGCUCAAAGCGUUCAUUUACCCCGGUGGUACAAGAACGCUCAAGGGGUAUGGAAUCUAUAUCCCUGGUGGCACUUUUCAAGCGCCGCUGAAUGAGGCGAUGGCAGACCAACUUCCUGAUGAUUAUGCCAAGACUGUGGCCUACCCAUGGUUCAGGAAGAUCCUAACUGAGGCCAGUAACGAGCGGGGCUGGUCAUGGACAGAGGUUUGCCCCGAUGCUGUUAUUGGAUUUAGCCCAAACGGCUCCGGGUGGUCUCUUGCCCUCCACUGGGCACAAUACUUGUCUCUGUACUCGCAUAACGAAGGCAAGGGUGUUGCGAACGGAGGCUCUAAAAUUUCGGUGCCGUUUCCCGGAUGCGAAGAAGCACUGGAUAGCAAGUUUACACCAGUGUCCAGCAAAAUUCUUGGGCGGAUCGCCAUAUUCGCCGCAUUGAACCCUGAUGUAUGUGGCGGAAAGGUCAUCAACAUGGCGGAUGAUGCGAAUCCUACAACCUUUCGUCAGCUUUGGCCAAUGAUUGCUUCUUGGUUCGGGCUUACUGGGGUUGGCCCUUCUACGGAGACGGGUGCGCUCAAACCAGGCGAAUAUGUCAAGAAGCAUGAAGCCAUCUUCUCGGAGAAGAAUCGCCCGAAAGCGUUAUCUGGUGGGGUUGGAGCUGGGAGUAAACAGUUGGACAGUGUCGGAUUUUGGCUCACAUUUGACCGACAGUUGAGUUUAGACCGGCUGCGAGCUUGUGGUUUCCACGAACACCGCGAUCCAAUCGAAGGGUGGAUUGAGGCAUUUGAACAGUUCAGGGAGGCGGGUAUCAUUCUAUGA